AUGACCUUCCAUUUUGCUCUUGAUGAGCCGUGGGACAUGAUGAAGGCUCAGAUCCUCUCACGAGUCACUAAAGUGGGCAGUGAGAACAAGAAAGUCCCUCCAUUUGAAUGCUGUGAUGUCUUUUUCAGUGUAAAAGAUUUUGGGAAGACUACUAAGCUCUCUUUGACCAACAAAGCUGGCUUCAAGACCUUGAAAGAUCAUGCCGCCAAACUCCCUCAGGGCAAGGCCCAGGUCCAACUCUUUGUUGAUGAGCACGAGGAGGAUAAGCUUGCCACAGCCCACUUUUGUGCCACUGCUAUUACACAAGGUGUCUGGGCUGACAACCUCAAGUGCACGCGCUGGGCUAAGAACAGCUGGGUAUUCGCGCGGCAGGCGCGUAAUUCAAGGAUUACGUGGGGUGAAGAUAUUAUCACCCUUAUGAAACGUCACAUCUCCACUACGACUUCAUGGGUCAAGUCAGUUGUUUCACACCUAGUGGAUAGCCAGUACGGGUUCAAGGCUUCGACAAAGCCUCACGUGCACCUGGCCAACAAGCAUCUCGCUCAAUGCCUUCUUGACAAUUUUGGCAUGUGCUACAUGAACCUUGACGCUGACAAACGCGACAGCCUGUACAAGCACCCCGUCAUCCAGAUGACAUUGAACAGCGCCUGGUUCUCAGGUAUCGGGGACCUGGGGCCUUGCUUCUCAAAUCUAUUCAGGCCCCUUCCCAUCCCGGCAAUUUCACUCCUCUUAGCUGCGGACAUUGAUUUCGACAGGGACGACUAUACCGACGUGCUUGACAAGCACAUCAAUAACUUGCAGAAGUUCAACGAUAUUUGUAAGGCUGCUAACUCGGAUUUGUUUGAUGCCAUCCGUACUGACCUUCUUGACACUGCCCAAGCUCACGCGAAUGCCAAACUGGAGGAUGAAGAGGAUGGCGAGAAUGGAGGCCCGCCUCCUGCUCGUAAAAUGUUGGCUGACUCUGUAUUUCUUGGAGCCAUCAACCGGUACCGUAGUAGGUCGAGGGCUUCGAGUGACGCUACUAGUGGCCCUGCCACUGAGUGCGAAGAUGAGGAUGAAUAG